CUCCUCCUCCUCCUCCUCCUGCUGCUGCUGCUGCUGCAAUGGCGUCCGCGUACAGCGGAUCCCACACCUUGAGCAAGGAUGAUGUGAACUACAGGAUGCAUUUCCGCAUGAUAAACGAGCAGCAGGUGGAAGAUAUCACCUUAGACUUCUUCUACAGGCCACACACAAUAACGCUGCUGACAUGCACGGUGGUCAGCCUCAUGUACUUCGCCUUCACUAGAGAUGAUGGAAACCCUGACAGUAAUCUCUGGGUGGGGCUCAUCCUGGUCACCUCCUUCUUCCUUGUCAUAAGUGUUUUGGCAUUUCCCAAUGGGCCAUUCACCAGACCACAUCCAGCUAUAUGGAGAAUAGUUUUCGGUCUGAGUGUCCUCUACUUCCUGUUCCUGGUUUUCAUCAUCUUCCUCAACUGGCAUCAGGUGAAGCAGCUCAUGUAUUGGUUGGACCCAAACCUGCGCUAUGCCAAGAGAGAAGCAGACAUAAUGGAAUAUGCUGUGAACUGCCAUGUGAUCACAUGGGAGCGAAUCCUGAGCCAUUUUGACAUUUUUGCAUUCAGUCAUUUCUGGGGCUGGGGAAUGAAGGCCCUGCUCAUCAGAAGCUAUGGACUGUGCUGGACCAUUAGUAUUACCUGGGAGCUCACUGAGCUCUUUUUCAUGCAUCUGCUGCCUAACUUUGCUGAGUGCUGGUGGGACCAGGUGAUUCUGGACAUUCUGCUCUGUAAUGGAGGAGGCAUCUGGCUUGGCAUGACUGUGUGUCGCUUUUUGGAGAUGAGGACCUACCACUGGGCCAGUAUUAAGGACAUCCACACCACCACAGGGAAGAUAAAACGUGCCGUGUUACAGUUCACUCCUGCGAGCUGGACCUAUGUACGCUGGCUUGACCCAACGUCUUCCCUGCAGCGAGUGACGGGCGUCUAUCUGUUCAUGAUCAUCUGGCAGCUGACGGAGUUGAACACGUUCUUCCUCAAGCACAUUUUUGUCUUUCCUGCCAGCCACGCUCUUAGCUGGUGUCGAAUCUUGUUUGUCGGGAUCAUCACCGCUCCAACAGUGAGACAGUAUUAUGCAUACCUAACAGACACGCAGUGCAAGAGAGUUGGGACCCAGUGUUGGGUGUUUGGGGCAAUUGCGUUUCUGGAGGCCUUGGCCUGUAUUAAGUUUGGACAGGAUUUGUUCUCAAAAACACAGAUUCUCUAUGUGAUCCUCUGGCUUCUGUGUGUGGCCUUCAUUACAUUCCUUUGCCUAUAUGUAAUGGUGUGGUAUGCGGAAAAUUAUGGUCCAAAAGGAAAGAGCCUCUCAGAAUGGGAUGACAGCAAUUACUCGGAAUCUCCUGACCAUGUGUCUCAAGCAUUUAAAGAAGAGAGCGUGAUGGAUGAAGACAGCCCUACGACCAGACGGAGAAGGAAGGACUCAAGAAAGACCAAAUCCUUCAACGGCCUGGACGGCCAGUAGGGCACGAAGCCAGAGGGUGGUGGUGGGUGACUCCACAACUCGCCCUAAAAAAAAAAAAAAAACACCCAUGUGAAGGAUCACAGGUUGAACUGGGGUUUUAAGAUACUACCACUGCCUGGUGUAACUGAAGUCUAGAAAGCCCCUGCCUGUAGUAGAGGGAGUGGAGACAGUCCUCCUGAGUGAAUAAACAGGUCCAUGCAGUGUUAUUAGGAGUGAUCUGAGGGUUGGACUACAGAGAUGCUCACAUAUCUUUGUGCUGUUGUCCUAAAGGCUCCUGAACCACUGAUUACUGGUUUGUGUGUUUGUGUAAUGACGGAGAGAAAUAGUGGAGUGUGCGUGAGUGAGUGAGAAAAAGUGACCAUAAAUACAGCCAAUUCUAGAUGUGACUGCAUGAUCAUUGUAGCUGAUGAACUAUAAUUUCCAAACAUUUAUCCUACAAUAUAGCACCUACCUACAGUUUAUCAUUGAUGGUUGAUGUACAUGUGACUGGUUUACACCAGCCUUAACUCUAGUGUGUCGGUUCUGAAUAUUUCAAUGUUAAAAGCCAUGAUGUGGAGUUGAUCACGCUAAUUGGAGCCACUAUGUUAAUAGCACAGAAAGGCUCUUGUCUUUUAAUCAGUACCUGUCGUAGUUUUGUCUGUACAUUGUAGAUGUUAGCGCUUGUUUUGUGUUUUUUAUCUUGAUUGUGGUCAGAAUUUCAAGUUUUUUGCUCGACGGGGAUCAUCAACAGAGUUUUGGUCUGGCCCAAAGCAAAGCACACGGUUUAAGCACUUUUCAGAAUGUUUUGUCUGUACUGUUUGAUAUAUUGUGAGUCAUCAUGACCUUGCGUGAUUUUACUCUCCCUGUCCAUCUGUGGCUGCUAUUUUUUUUUCACUGUAAUAAUGAUAAUGGUGGGCGAUUAAAUUCCUGCAUGUGUCCUCUGGCUCCUCCUGCAACGUGCAGGUGGUUUUGUUUUAAUGCUGUUCUUCUUGUCAGUGCAUGUUUUUCAUUUUCAUGGCCGUGUCAAAUCAAAUCAAUUGUUUUGGUAGGACCAUGUUAAGAGUAGUUGCCUGAACUUUGUAUUACACCACACAAGAAUGCCAGUAUUGUCAUUUAUAUCUCUUUAUCUGUAAGUGUAACAUUUUAACUCACCCCUGUGCCUGUUUUAGUGUUCUCUUUUUUUUUGUAUUUGUGUUCUUUUCUCGGUUUCAAAUAAGAUUAUACAUUUUGGGUUUUUGGGUUUGAUUCUUCUGUCUCUUAUUUGAGCAUUUCUCUACAGAUAGACUGACCCUAAUAAUUCUUGACAAUCCAGACACUGACCUCUGUGGAAUGGACCAUGUUACAUUAGACUAUGAAUGGUACAUUGUCUCUGAUGAUGUCACUUGCCAAACACAGUCCAGCAGAAAAUGUGCUGUCCUUUUUUCACUGUGAUAUAUUAAAACAUUAAACAGUUUUGCAUCUCCUGUUUAA